AUGUUCCUUCCCGAGACAAAUUUCAAGUUUGUGAACAUUUCUAUUGUAACAUACAAGUUAAAAUUGAAUAAAACACUUACAUUUGAAGUAGCUUGUUAUCCAAAUAAGCUAUACGAGUACAAACAGAUCAAAACACUUGCAUUUCUUAGGGAUAAUUUUCAAGAAAUUCUACAAAGUGAUGUAAUAUACAAGAAUAUAGCACAAGGAGAAGCAAGUGAUGGACUUACAGAGUUAGAUUCGAAGAUUCAGACAGAAGGUUAUGAAUUUAGCAAUGAAGACAAAAAUCUAAUCAGAAUCAAAUUCAUUCUUGAUAAUGGAUACGAAAGAAAGGAUAAGGAAACAACCAAACAAGAAAACAUUAAGGUUGAGAAUGAAUUGGUCAAUUUGAUUCAGAAGAAGAUCAAAUACAAAGGUGAAUACAUGACACAAGAAGCACUAAGAGUAGAGAUUAUAUCAAUGGGUAUAAUAAGCAAAUGUAGUAUACAGAAGGGUGGCAUCAAGAAGCUUGUUAGUGAUGUAAUGAAGAAACUUGAUGAUAAAGAAGGAUUCAGUAGAGUUGAAUUCAUCAUUGAAUUGUGGGAUAAAGAAAAUGACUGUAGAAACCUAACAGAAUUCAAGGAGUAUCAAAUUGAGGAGAAUAUCUAUAGAAUGCCUAGUGACAUAAUGCACAAUUUUACAGCAUAUUUAAAUGAGAAUAGCAUCGAUUACUUCAUAAGACAGGAAGAUGAGGAAUCGGAAGACAUCUGUUGA